AUGGGAAACAGCGAGAGCAGACCAGCGGACAAGCGAUCGCGCGAAAGGGCGAGCGUGGUGUCGGGACGAAGCAGCAACGGAUCCGUGGCGCAACUUAUUGCGAGGGAGCGAUCCGCAACCGUCGGCAGUAUGAUGUCUUCUCGUCGCAACCCCAUGAUCGCUGCUGCUGCUGCCGGAAAUGUCGAGCUCGUCGCACGGCUUUUGGCAAGCGGGGUGGACAGAAAUGGCUGCUGCUCCACAGGCAAGACCCCGCUAAUGGCGGCGGCGAGAGGAGGACACGUGGCGGUCGUCACGCUGCUGCUGAUCAACGACGCCUCGGUGCUGCGAUUCGACAAGACCAGCGCGCGAUCGUGCCUGCACAUGGCGGCUCGCGCGGGCAGCGCGGAGUGCGUCGAGGCCGUCUUGGUGGCGGCAAAGGCGUCGCACGAACUGCGCGACUCAUGGGGCUACCGUCGCUUCGUCAACGCGCGCGACGCCACAGGUCCCGGGAACCACGCGCUGCACAUGGCCGCGCGGAGCGGGAGCGUGGGGACGGUGUUGGCGCUGCUGGCGUGGGGCGCGGACAGAACAGCGCUGAACCACUCCAAGCUGACGCCGCACGCCCUGGCGGUGCGCGCGGAGCGGGAGCGCGGGUGGAAGGCGCGCGCGGAAACGGGGAAGAACGCGCUCGCGGAGAAGGGGGUGCGCGCGGAGAGGCGAGGGAGUGGACGCGCGGGCGGGGGGAAGAGCGGCGCCGGUGGUGCCAGCGCCAGCGCCGGCGGCGUCCCCCCACGCUCCGACUUCAAGCGCGUGGUGGCGCUGCUGAACCCUAAGUCCCCCGCGCCCCUGGUGUGGCCCACCCCCUGGGCGCAGCUGCUCGCGCGCGCGCCCCCGCACGUGGUCUGGCUGCUCCGCGCUGCCCUGGCGCAAGCGGGGGGAGAGGAGGCGGAAGAGGCAGGUGAAGUGGGGCAGCGGGAAGAAAAAGGGGAAACGGAAGGGAUGAAGGGUAGCGGCGUGAAGAGGAGGGGGGAGGGGGUGUGUGAGCAGUUGCGCGACAUUCAUGGUGACGGUGGCAGCGGUAGCAGAGGCGGCAGAUGCGGUGUGGUUGGUGAUGGUGGUGGGGAUGUCGUUAGAGAGGGUUGGGUGGAGGGCGGAAGUGGCAGUAGAGGCACGGGCAUGGGUGCUAGCACAGGCGGGGAGGUGAGUGAGGAGAGAGGGGCGCAUGAAGCGAGGGAGCAUGUGGUAGAGCAGGGCGGAGCUGUAGGCAUGGCAGAGGUCGGGCAUGGUGGGGGGAUUGCAGCGGCGAAGAUCAGGGAUGGGGAGGGGAAUGCAGGGCGUGAGAGGGACUGCUGCUGCAGUGGGGAUGGGAGGAAGAGAGAGGAGGAGAGGAAGGGAGGGGAGGCUGGGGCGUGUGGGAGGGUUGAUAGAGAGUUGGGAGACGGUGUGGGUGUGGAUAGGCAGAGCAGCAGCACCACUACUAGCCCCUUCUCCAGCGGACCACUCAGCAUGAGUAGUACCGGUAGCAGCAGCAGCAGCAACCUGACCACCCACACUCACUCGUACACCCACUCCCACACUCACUCCCACACUCACUCUUACACUCUCUCCCCUCCGCUCUCGCCCUCCGGCGGCUUCCCCCCGCCUUCGCCUGGUUAUUUGCUCGCGCUGCUGCCCUGCUCGCACCGCCUGUGCCCCACGUGUGUGCUCUCCCUGCUGGCUCACACCAAGCCAAACUUGCACGUGGCCCUGCCGCCCAGCCCUGUUUGUCCUUUCUGCCGGUGUGGGAUCGAGGGCUUGGAUGUGGCACGGUGA